AUGUCGCAAGGCAGACCAGGCUUGCUGCGGACGACCAGCGACUAUGCAGGUCAAAAUGAUUUUGAGCUUGUCGCCCGCAGAACCGAACUGGAGCACCCGCGCACGAUAUCACCCAAGCAUCAGCCGAAGCAAAGAUCACUGGCGAGCAUGCUCGAAUCCUUGGAAGACGAGCCGCUGCCUGUCGAGCCUACACUGCGCGAACGCGUUGUGAGGCUGUAUCGAGAGAAGAGUCAUCCGCGCCACGUGUUACGAUGGAUGCGGCAGCAUCCCUAUCUUAUCGUCUUGCUGAUAGCUGUCAAUCUCGUCGUGCUGACGCUGAUACAUUUCCGCGGGCCGCUCGAAGAGAAAUUGAGACCAUUGAUUCAGAAGGCAAAUGAGAGUACGUUCGGUCCACUUGUUCCAAUUGCUCUCUUGGUCAUCGUCUCCUUUCCGCCGCUGGCCGGUCACGAGCUCAUUGGCGGCCUUUGUGGCGUCGUCUUCGGUGUCGGCAAAGGUUUCAUAGUUGUCGCAAUUGGCACAUUCCUUGGCGAGCUCCUCUUGUGGGUAGCUGCUCGGAGGAUGCUGGUCAAACAUGGACAGCGGCUCGAGGAACGCUCGAUGGCAUAUGCCUCGCUCGCCGUCGUCGCUCGAGGGGGCGGGCUGGGCGUAGCCAUUGCGGGCAGGCUGAGCCCAAUCCCGCCGCAUUUCGUGACGGCAAUCUGGGCGUCGUGCAGCUGUCCCUUUUGGGUCUAUGCCGUCGCAGCUUUCCUCACCCUGCCAAAACAAUUUGCGCUCGUCUUCAUCGGCACGAUCACGCUUGGGCCCGAAGGUACGGCAGACAAGACGGACAAGAAGCUCAAGAUUGCCGAAUAUGUCAUCUUUGGGCUAUCGGUCUUGCUGUCGGUGCUAUGCGGUCUGUAUCUCUAUCGACGCAUGGCGCAAGCUCGACCUGGCGUACGCCGGGAAUUCCGACGACGGGCAGCCAUUGAGGAUUGGCACAGGCGGCAAGAAGAUGGUCAGAUUGACAUGAAGCAGGCCGGGCAGGUGGUCGAGCCACUCCCGACUGCCCAUCGAGACGGGACUGGCUACUUUGUCGACGCUCGUCACUUUGCUGGAUGA